AGCGGCAAGGCAAUGGGGACAGAUGCGUUUACUUUACAGUCGGUCUCCCCUAGAGCAAGGCAUUUUUUAUCCUGAACUUAAAACGCCGCUUUCCCACCCGGGCAACGAUUCUGUCCCAUCAAUCAAUCAUGGCUUAUUACGGAUACUACAUACUAACGGCUGUCAUUCCCGCGUCCAUGUAUUUCUCUAGUAUUUUCACGAGUUGGGCCGAGUACGUGGCCGUGUUCAGUUCACCUACGUCAGAUCUUUACAGUUCCUCGUCUGCUCUAGGUCUCAAUCAGUCGCUAUACCUAGCCUUUAUCUUCGUGCCAAGCCAUCUUACUAAGUUAUUGGCAGAUUUGCUUGGCAAGCCACUCGUAAUACGGCUUGGGCUUGUUCUAAUCUGUCUUGGACUAUGCCUAAGUGCACUUGCUCCUAACAUAUAUUUUCUGACAGUGUCUAGAUCAGUUAUUGUGGGAAUUGGCAUUAAUUGGUUGAUCACGCCGAUUUGUUUUCUUAUGGCCGAAUGGUUUCCAUGGCAACAUCGUUUUCACGUGCUUGCAACGAGUUCCCAAGCGAUAGCCAACCCUUUGGGGAUCGUCCUUUUCCCCCUAGCCAUAAGAUGGAUCAUUGAAAUAUCAAACUGGAGAUAUUCUUUCCUUUUUCUCGCCGGUACGGCUGCAUUCUACGGCGUCAUCAUCGGAUUGAUCGUUCGAGAUCCCAGGCCAGGCGAAGUGUCGAAUGCAAAAAAGGAUGACGUCAAAAGCGAUUUCACAGCAUGGAGUGAACAGUCUAAGAAUAUCAUUAAGUUUAUAUGGCUGGCCAUUGCUGUCUGUAAAGGGAUAAGCCAAAGUGUGAUUUAUACUUUUUUGGUUCAGUACGCCGAGGCCCAAGGUUUUAGGGGGCUGGAGUCAACGUAUCCUCUCACGGCCGAUGGAGCAGCUGGAUUCGUAGCCAGACUUCUUGUAGCAAUGUUUGGAGACCUGAUUAAAGGCCGUUUAUUAUAUAUGUACGUCGUUUGUGCUCUUAUGCUGUCGACAGUCUGUUUCUUACUUCCUUUUGCAGCCUCUUUACCAGGAUUUAUUGUGUUUGGAGCAGUUCUAGGCUCCGGUCAGGGUCCAAUCAUCGCUGCCUGGUACGCCGCUUGUAACGAGGUCCUUGGUGGAGAAAGCGUGCACGAGCUGUUUCUUUUACAACGUGUAGGAUGGGGAAUUGGUCUGGCUGCUGGGGGUCUAGUUGCUGGCCUCAUUCUAGAUGUCUUCCAAUCUUAUCCCAUGGUGUUUUUUGGCUUGGGGUUGUCUUACGGUUUUAUACUACUCGGCCAAGUCGUCAUUAUCCUCUGGAACAAAUAUCGUGAAAAAGUCUCACCUUAUGGUUCACAGAUAGCGUCACUGUCACUUACCAAAGACAGGCAACAAUGGAGUGACUCAGAAUGACAGAAAAUUGAUAAACUCAUCAUAACUUUGCAUGCCAUUUAACAGAGCUGAGAGGGAUCGCUAGUGAGUUUCAUGAUUAUUGGGAGGAAGUACAUCUUUUCUAUCUAGAUAUUCACAGACUAUUUGCCGCGUCUCUGUAAAAGACAAGGCUGAGCUCCAAAAACUGAAUUAGUGUGUUGAGUCUUCCGAUAAUUAUGCCAUGUUGUCUCUUUUACACACAGUACACUUAAACUUUUAAUAUAUGCACCGAGUGUCUACAUACCUUGGUUUUUUUCCUCCCAAAUGCUCGCAUGAUACCGGUAGAUGACGGCAAGUGUGGAGCUUGGAAAGGACAGCUCAUGCAUCUCAAAUUUGAAAAUAAUAGCAAAUAA